AUGAAUAAAGAAAAUAAUAAUACUAGUCUUACUUAGAAUUAAAAUGGUAGAAAAACCAUGAAAUUAAACUCAAAUGACAUUGACUAAUUCGUCGAUUCAAGAAUUGUUCAAUUAUAAAAAUAAUUAUUAGAAAAAGAAGUAGAAAUUGAAAAUUUGUCAAAACUAAACCAAGAUCCGAAAAAUUAGAAUUCAAAUAAGUAUCGAUUAAUGGAAAUCAAACAAUAAACUCUACAAACUGAAAACUAAUAAUUGAAAACUCAAUUAUAACAAUAUGAAUCCUUAAAUAAAACUCAACAAAGGAAAUGUGAACAAUAUUAAACAUAAAUUGAAUAAUUGACUGCUGUUUUUGAAGAAACUCAAAAACAAUUAGAAUAAGAAAGACAAGAGAAAUACAACAUUCAAUUUUAACAGUCAUCCAACCAUAUGGAUGUUCAAUAGGAAAAGAUCUUAAUCAAAACUCAAUUAGACAGUCUACGUAAAGAGAAAAGCUAAUUGAUCUUAAAGGUCAAAGAACUAGAAAACUCAUUACAAUUGCACGAAUAGAAUACUAAUUCAAAUUGUUCAGAACUCUCUUCAUUAAAGUAAUAAUUAUAAUAGUAAAUUUAAAAAACAUCUGAAUACUUAGAAAAAAAUCAGGCUUUAGAAGUCAAAAAUACCUUAUUGGAGGCUUAAAGUAAAUCCAAUCAUUCUCAAAAUGAUGAACUGAGAAAUUUAAGGUCAUAGGUGAUCUAAUUAUAAAAAGAUAAGAAUUCUUAACUUGAAUUAUAAUAAGAUUUGGAAACUAAGUUAAGAUUGCAAACUGAACAUGUUUUAAAAUUAUAAAAUCUAUUGAAUGACAAAACGAAAUAAUUAGGCAAAUAUUAAGAAAAACUACAUUAAGUUGAAUCAAUUGAAGAGGACAAUUCUAUUUUGUAAUAGGAUUUAGAGAAGAUGACCAAUUCAUUAGAAGAAAUAUAACUAGAAAAUUAAAGAAUUGUCAGAUUUUAAUAACAAAAAAUUGAUCAAUUAAAAAAAGAGCUUUAACAGACUGAAUUUAUAAGAGAAGACAACAAUAGAAAAUAGGAGGAAAUUGCAUAAUUGAAAUAUCAGAUAGAAAAGAAAAAAGGAGAGCAAGAAAAAGACAAAGAACAACUGUAGGAACUAUCUUUAUUAAGAGAAGCCUCAAAAUUAUGGGCACAAGAUAAAGAGAAUUAUUUAAAGAAAAUUAGCUUAUUAACUGAUGAACUUGAUAAAAUUGCUAAAUAGUAAUAUGAUUAAUUGAGAAUUUAAGUGGAAACACAAGUUUAAAUGAAAUUUUCAACUGAAAAAGUGCAAUUAGAAAAUCACAUUUGGUAAUUAAGUUCAUAAAUUAAUGACAUAUAAGCAUCAAUUGAAUAAUACACUACCAAAAUUAGUUAAUUAAAUAUUGAGAAUGAUCAAUUAAGAGAAUAACUGAAUGAAAAACAAAUCACUUAAAAGACUGUCAUUGUUUUAGAAGGACAACUUAGGAAUACAUGUAGCGAACUUGAGAAAUUAAAAAAUAUGUUCACUCAAAGAAAUCAAGAACUUGAUCUAGCUAGAAAUAAGAUAUUAGCUUUAGAAGGUUGUGCAGGAUAUGCCCAAGAGUUGGAAAAGAAGGUUCAAACUUUAAUGCAAGACAACCAGAGAUUAAAUUCAAUUAUUAUGGAUAGAUGCAAAAAUAAUUGGUGA